UACUCAGAUUUCUUCCAGCAGUCAGAUUAGAUUAGCCACUCCUCCAUUAGCAUACGGAUGCUGGAUACUUGGAAAUGAAAGCUAACAGCUAGUGUUUACGCGUUUUGUAAAGAUGACUGGGGAAUUGAAGGGUUUUGCGCUGGAGACAGCCGAAGUGCUAUCCAGCCUUUUGAAGGAGCUAAUAACUUCGGGACAAGGCUAUGUUCGGGCCCAGUUCGGGGUGGACUUAGGUCUGAAGCCCGAGCUGUACCAGACGUGGGUUAUCCUGUCUACGGCUGCCGUGGGUCUCCUGCUGCUGAUCGGCGUGUCCUGGGCCGCUGUCUGCGGCGGUCAGCUCUUCGGGAAAAAGCGGGGAUCCCCUGUCACCCACGGUGGCGGUGAGCCUGACAAGGCCAACUUUAUUAAAAGUACCAAACCGGAGGAACAGAGAAGGAGGAACAAAAAGAAAACCCCUGAAAAGGCUCAAUCCAAUGGACAGCCAGUGACCGUGGCUCAAGGGGAAGAUAAAACAGUCGAGACAGUUUCCAAACCACAGAUUAAACCUGAAAAGGAAAAGGUACAGGAGGUACAGGCCCCAGUGAAAAAGAACAAGAAAAAAACCAAGUCAGAUGUGAAACCACUUCAGCAUGUGUCCACAAAUGAUGGGAAAGAACCCGAUGAUGGUGCAUGGGAGACCAAAGUCAGCAACCGAGAAAAGAGGCAACUGCGCAAGAAGGAAAAAGGACCUGAGGACUCGGGUGGUCCAGGAGCUGUGGAAGCUCCUAAAACCCACCUGGAAGCCCCUGUGGCCACAGUUUCCUCAAAGAAGAACCGAGGAAACCAUGACUCCCAGCAUUCAAGAACAAACAUAAAGGGUGAUGGAGCCAAAGGAGCUGGUAAAGACAAAGUGUCCUCCACCUGGAGACAGGAGCCUUCGGUCAAUGGUGGAGGCUGGUCCGACAUGUCGUUGAAGAUUCCAGGUGAGAUGGCUUCUAUGGAGGGAGCAAAGUGGAGCACCAUAUCUACAGCUACACAUUACAGGCCCAAGCCUGAAUCUCAGCCCUGGGUUCAGGAUUCACAAGCAUGGAACAGCAUUGAUGGCCGGAUAAAGACCGGCCUCCGCCCUGUGUCUUUCUCCAUGCUUGGACUAAAUAGUACAGAUCCAGUCUCGAAUUCAGCUGAGCUGCAGUGGGAGAAUCGACCAGCUGUUGAUGAUGAAUGGUCAGGAUUCAAUGGUAUGUCAGCAGCAGAUCCCAGCUCAGACUGGAACGCCCCAGCUGAACACUGGGGAAACUAUGAAGAGCCUCCAUUAUUUAAAGCUUCAUCUCUUCUGCAGAAGGAUCAGCCUGUCCCCAAAAAGGUAUCAGAUGAUGAAAAGAACGCUGACGAUCCUUCUGGAGGAGCAGCCAUAUCUAAAAAGAAGAGAAAAAAGAAAAAGAAAACAGAAGAGGAGGCUGCAUCUGAUGCUCAGACGGCGAGCGCAGUAAAUGCAGUCACCAAACCUCAAGAAGUUCCUUUGCUGCCUACAAAAAAGCAGAAUACCAGCAUAUCAUCCUCUCAGAAGAAGUCUGAGCAGAUUGUUGAGCCCCCGAAGCCUGCCCAGAAGAAAAAAGCCAGAAGGGAAACUUGAAGUUACAUCACAGGUCUAUACAAAGCAUAUGCAAAUGAUUGUUAAAUGUGUCACAUGCAAUAAUUGCCAGGUACAGUUUCUUUCUGAGAUACGUAACAGUUAAUCAACUCCAGCAACAAAAUGAGAACAAGCAGCAGAUCAAACCUGCUUGAAUAAAUACUGUAUGGCGAUGAAAUGUGGUCCUAUGGACUGAAAGCUUAACUACUUUUGCACUAUUUGCUACACUGCAACCAGAGGGGAGUUUGGUGGAUUUAUAGUGAAAGUACGUGUUUAAUGGCUUCAAAAGUGUUUGAUUUUUAUUUUUCUUACAAGAGUGUAGGUAAAAAUGGGUUUUAAUUGUAUGGUUUUUUUUUUUAUGACAGAGAACAACGCAUUUUUGUUACCCCCUUAUGAUGCACUUUGAUUUGACUGUCAUGCUGCUGUCCCUCUAUGAAUUAUUGGAAUAUUCCUGAGUGAAGGUUAAAGUGAAGAUUAGGAUUUUAUUCAAAUGUAUCCCAGUACAACCUUUGCAUGCUAUAUAUAUAUAUAUAUAUAUAUAUAUAUAUAUAUAUAUUCACAAAAAGUAAGGGAUAUUCAGCUUUUUGUAUGAUGUCAGAAUGUAUCUAAGCUGCACCAUGACUUUAACAUGCAAAUUUGAUUUUAAUUUCUCUAAACUUCUGAAUGCACAUGUAUACCUGUUCUAUGUUUAAAUACAACAUGCAUUGUACAACAUGCUGUUCUUUAACAAGGUGGUUAACCACAAAAAUAUCCAAAAGCAGUGUCUGAACCAGUAAUGGACCACAAAAUGUUCUGCUUCAGUGACAGCUUGUAUUUAAACAGCCCUCUUCAUCAUACUGCUCACAUUUUGACAUCAUAAGAUCAAUCAGAACAGCUAAUGUGUGACAAUUUAUUGAGACAUUGACAUUUAAUGCUGUUGUAUACCCACCACUGUUAGCUUUUCUUUCAAAAACUUGUUUGAAGGGAAGGAAUUACCACAGCAUGAUUUUACUUAAAUGUGUUACAUUCAUGAUAUUAUAUCAGUGUAACCUGAUCUCUUUACAUUUUCUAUCAACUUAACCUAAAAGUUGAAUAUCCUUAACUUUUUGUGAGUAGUGUAUAUUGAUAAAUUGAAGGGUUUAAUUCCUCCUGUCUUUAUAUAAAGUAUGAAGUGAUAACUCUCAUUGAGCAAAAAUAGAAUUGUAUACUGUAGAAAUGGAUAAAAAGAUAUAUAUAUAUAUAUAUUCUUUAUUUCCACACAAAAUUAGUGCAUCUAUUGAGCUGAAUUAAUAUUUUCCAGAGUAAUGCCCUUUUAAGUACAUAAUUUUAAUGCAUUUUCUUUAUAUUAUGUGCUAAAAUGAAGGUAUUCUUACCUGUUCAGGAUGGGCAAUAAGAAUAACUAGUACUCCUUUAACAUAUAGCACAUACUGUAUGAUGUGUGUGUUGUAUUGAGAUAGACAUAUCUGUGCUCCUAUGUGAAAUUCCCUGAUUGAUUAGAGACAGUCACUGCUGUAUUGGCUCUGUAGUUUCAGCUGUGGUCCAUGUCAGCUAGGGUGGAGUGGAAAGUAUCUCAGAACUAAACAACCAGUCUGCAGGCUAAUCCGCCUCUGAACUGCUUAACAACACAGUUGCAUUUCCCCAAAACGUUACUAAAAUGCUGUUAAAUAAAAUAAUUGUUAACUUUGGGGUUUGGGGUUUAUGUGAUCUUGAUUUAGCUUUUUUUUCCCUCAGACCAGAGUAACUCAUCUGAACCACCAGGGGGCAGCUUAGCAUAAAGUUAAUGAUAAAGUUAAUAAUUGUGGGAUCAAAUUGUUGAGAAGUAACACUACUAGAUGUAGUUCUUAUACUUUUUUCAUCAUUAUGAUUAUAUAUUGAUUUAAAUGGUUCCUUCUGCACUCUGUAUGAUUUCUCUAAAACAAAUUCUUCCAUUUUUGUGCUAGGAUAAGCCAUGCCAUAUGUACAGAUAGUAAGGGCUCUAUCCAGCUCUGUAAUUGCACUGUGCUAAAGGCUGUAUUGAGUUUCUUUCAUUGUGGAUCAAUUGUUUUUAAUACUUUUUGAAUGUAAAAAAAAAUUUCUGACUUCUAAGGUUGAUGAUGGGGAAAGAUGUUUUUGACAGAAUGAACGUUUCUAUACAGAUGUGACUUAGUGCAGCUUUAAUUCCACAUCAAGUUGGUUUUAAUGAGACACUCAUACAUGCAUACACACACUGUUUACACACAUAUGAAAGGAAUCUAAUUCCAUUGCCUUAACCCAUAAUUGUAUAGAAAGUCCAUUGGAAUCAUUUUUAUAGUUUAUAUUCAUUUGCAAGUUUUGAUGUCCAAAUUGAUUUCAUUUGCAUGACUUUGAUAAUAGUACUUGUGUACAUGAAAUAAUAUGAUCAGUCUUUUGCUCUUACUGUUAGUAUUUGCUCUUAGAGUACCACUCAGUAUGAAAAGAAGAAGAAAAAAAACUAAUACUUUUCUGUCAAGAGACAAGUUGCAGCUUUUUUGGCUUUUCUAUGGGCAUCAAGGAAAACUAUAAAGUGUUCUUUCUUUUUUAUGAUGGGAAAGUCUUAGUGCAUUAUGGUGUUAAUCAACUGGUUUUGGUAGUUGUUUUUAAGAUCUGAUAGAUCCGAAAAUCUUGUGUCACUGUGGCUUCAGGUGCCCUAUUGUUUACUUUUUACUGAUGAGUAAAAUGGUUCUGUCAAUGUAUUUAUAUACUUGUCUCAGAAAUGGUUUUGUGGAUAAUUUUGUUAAUUGGGGACAUACAAAUGAUAUUUAUAUGUUUGUAUGGUAAUGAUGACAGUUAAUAAGAAAUGCUUAAUAUCA